CUCUGCUUAUAAACACACAACCGAGUUAGAAGUCCUGCAAAUGGCUGAAAGCACCUUUGCUAACGUGACCUUUAAGGAGCCAAAAUCUCCAGGUGUUGUUUCAAGGUCUUCUGCUGAGAUGGAAUUAGACCUGCCUCUUUCACCUUGUAAUCGUACGCCGUGUCUACCAGACCUGCUUAUGUCCAGCAGAAAGCUGUCAGCUGAAGUACUGUCACCAGUUUAUAAGCAGCAUUUCAUGUCAGACAGUCUUUGUGAAAAUAUGGAAAAGGCUGUUUGGAUGGCAGAGAAAAAUCUCCAAUGUGUGUCUCAGUCUUUACUUGCUGAACCACAGGUAAAUAAGCCCAUGGUCCACAUGCAGUCACUUCCAGAGCUUCUUACACCACUGAAGGUGGAGAUGGAUCCGGUCCCAGAACCUAAAGACAAAAUGGGCCAGUUUCAUCUCACAGACAGUACAGUGACGUUGCCUGAAAACUUAAAAAAUCUCUUCAACUAUACUGAGAAAAUGUCCACAGAAGAAUGCAAGACAGCUGUGAGAGAGUCGCACAUAGAUGAAAUAUUCUCACCACUGUCCAUUAGGAAAAUAGAUGAGUUGCUGGGUGAAUGCCCUUCAGAUGCUGCACUGCCACCUUCAAGCCAUCCCAUUGCAGUGUCCCCUUCCCAGAGCAAGCCUCUGCAGUCAGCCGUACCUACACAGGUGGAGAGAGGGAAGACUGUGAAGUUCUUUAUAAUGGAGCGCAUGUCUCACCAAGGAGACAUUUCUACAGUGACAACAGCUGGAGGAAUAGACUGUAAAGCUGCAGAGAGAGAGAAACACAUCUCUAGUCCACCAGAAAAAUGGUUUGGGAGUCAGACAAAUUCCUCCACAUGUCUUUCAGAAAAACAACACCGCUUCUCUAAAGUGGUCGAGAUGUCCAAGUCGUCUCCAUUGAAGCACUGUGUUAAAGAUAUUGAAGUGAGAUCCGCUAUACACAAACUUCCUGAGAAGUCAGAACAGAGAAGAGAAAACAUAACCUCUAAAUCGUCUCUGUUAUCAAACUGUUUGAGAGGCAGAAAGGGAAAUAAUUCUGUAGUUCAGUCUCACGAAGAUGUGAACCCUGUUUUGUCUUUUAUCAUGGUAAGAACGAUGCAAAAACUUCAGCGGAGCAGUCCGACAUCUGCAGAGGUAACCAAGUGUCAGCAUCCUACUGGAAAUGCUUUGCUAGAUAACAGAAUAAAUGCAGUGAAUCACGCCUCGGAUUCAAAAAGGACUGUCAUUACGACUGAGAAAAGCUUUCCCUGUGAAGAGAAACAAGAGACCAUCAGCAAGAUUGUAUACGUCCAAGCCACAGAGAGUCAGCGAGAUGCAUAUAGGGAACUGCAUGUGUUGGCUCUGCCCUCUCUGGGAAAAAUGCAGAAGUUGGGCAUCUCCGCUUUGAACAACAGAGACUUUGGCACUCUGUCUUCCGAACUCACACGAUUCCUCCUAAAGCAGCAAGAGCGAAUGCUUCAGACAGAACAGGAUGCUGACAGUGUGUUUAAUGAGAUGGCACUGCUACAUAUUCUGGUAACGCUGAAGGAACACAUCCUGUUGAGAUGUGACCUCAACGCAGCCACUGAGUACCUGGCUCAGGCGAAGGCCUCGUAUACUCUGAGCUGUUUGGAUGAGCUGUUGAGGAAGUUUGAGGUGUUGCAGUAUCUGAGUCAGAAGAGGCAGGAGUCCAACCCUAAAAUACUGGAGCUCCAGCAACAAAUCAACACAUGGAUGAACUUCCACGCCAACCACAACACUAGAGUUCUAGUGUUGACAGUGAACAGUGCAAAUAAAAAGCUGCUUGCAGCUCUCAACCAGGUAUCAGGUGAGUUAUUUUCUCAAGAACAAGAUUGUUACUAUGCAGGGAUUGUCCUGCCUGAUUCUAUAUGUGCGUGUUUAGAAAACGAUGUGUCUGAAAUCGUCCCGGAUGAAGGAAAGCUUAAAGUAGUGAGCAGAGAAGUGAUGGACAGACUGUCCUACAGUAGGUGUGUCGUCGUGUGCAGUCAGCACAUUGGUCCUGAUUUCCCAUGGCAGAGUUUCAGCGUGGUUUUUGAGCUUUCCUCUGUGGGCCAUUCGCCCUUCGGCAGUGUGUGUUCAGAGAGAAACGUCAACUUUAUCUCCUUCUCCACUGCAGUCCCUGAAACCAGAGAUAUCCCAGAAUCAACUGCUAAAUCAUAUCUGGACGCUAUUCCGUUUGUGUUGCUCAUCACUGAUGGUUUACUGAACCGCUUAAAGAUGCAGGUCACACUGGAGACGACAUACAAUAUUUUUCUGCUGGAGAGGAAACACUCUCCAUCUGCACUGCAGCUGGGCGGCACCCAUUAUGAUGUCAUCACUGUGGAUGAGACCACUGCCAUCCUCAUCCAGGAGCUGAGUGAGUUGGAGAAGAAGAUUGGAGAAGCAUCCGAGUGUGUCGUCAAGAGACUCUCAGCCCUAUCUCUGCAGUUCAGCCGUUGCUGGCUCAUCCUGCACUGCGCCGAGAACCACAGGGCACUGAUUUCCAGUAACAUCUAUACCAAUCUGGUUCUCAUCUACUCUGCGUCUGUGUUGUUCGGAAGCAAGUCUGACAAGUUUGAUGUCAAGGUGUUAAUGGUGUGUGAGGAAGAAGAGAUAGCUAGCUACAUCUAUCAGAUCUCCUUACAUACGCUGAUGAAUUCAGAGAGAGAUGGACUGAGCUGGUUGGAUAGAGACUGGCUCAGUGCGCGGCCCACAAAGGCAGAGGAUUGCCUAUUGCAGUUUCCCUGCAUUAAUCCUCUGGUUGCUCAACUGAUGUUGAGGAGAGCUCCAUCGCUGCAGUGGCUGCUGGGAGCUUCUUACUCUGAGCUGCAGGAAAUGUUCCCACAGAUCCCUCACAAAGUCAUUAAGCUUUUCAGUGAUAUUACAGCUGAGUCCAAAGUCAAAAAGGCCACCAUGAAAAGUGAGAAUACACCCUUCUCACAUAUAAACAGCCCACCUCACCCUCCUCAUCCUCAUCUGCCUCUUGGGACUCAGGAUCUUGAUACGUUACAUCUGGAGGAUAAGACGCCACGUAGCCAGUUGAUUGCAGAUCAUAACAGAAGAAGAGGAGAGGAAACAUGGAGAAAAAACGAAUUAUCUCUUCCAGGUUCAACUCACUCUCACUCAUUCAACCCCUUUUUGCCAAAUCCGUUCAGCCAAGCUUCAGCUACAGCGAGCGCCUGGCAGCUGCAGGGUGAAGGAUUCAUUCAAAAUCCAAAUCCAGUGCCAGGCCGAGCUGUUCCCCGAGGGUCUGCCCGUGUUCCCCCGGCUCCUCUGCCCGCUCCUGAAGUGCUGGGGCACAGGAACCCUGCGUGUGCAUUCAGCUUUAGGCGGCAGGGUCAGACUCACUGGAGCUCACCUGAGAACGAUCCGCCUGGAGAGGAGAGGAAGAGGCAAGGAGGAGAAGACGCCCACAGUGUUCCUCCACACAGCAAGAGAGGAAGACUGCUAUAUGAGCGAGUUCCAGGCAGGAAUGACGGACAGACCAGACUGAGAUUUUUCUGAGAAAGUUUUGCUUCUUUCUCUUCAGUUUCAGAAUAUUUCUCAUGUUCAUAUGUAUAUUUAGUUCUUAUGUGGAAUAUAAUGUGAAAAUAAUACAGUUCGACAUAUGUACAUAUAUUUUAAUAUUGUAGAUAUUGUUCAUAUUAAAGAUUAACCUAGGUGUAUUUAUAGUAUUCUUGGUUCAGAGAACAGUUAUCUGAAAUUACAAUAAAGAAAAAAACAUUUGUCAUUUAUAUAUUAUAAAUUAAAAUUUUUGUUUAACUAAAUUCAAAAAAUCAAUUCGAUUAAUAAAUUAAUUAGAAUAGUAAAGUAAUAGUAGAAGUAGUUAUGCGCAUGAUCUACUGACAACACGCAAAUUACACAGACGCAGCCGGAUCAUUUAAAUAAUUUAUAUAAUUUAUAAUUAAAUUAGACUUUUUUUUGUAUUUAUUUAUUUUCCCUGGGAUCCCAGAGUCAUCAGCCUGGAAAGCCUGGAAAUGUCAUGAAAAUUAAAAAAUGUUAAAAAGGC